GGAUUGGGGCUGCUUCGUUGGAGAAUUCUAGUUGCGUUCUCGCGUGAUUUGGUCGGAAUUCCAGCGGGAGCAGGCAAUCGGGACGCCCCCGAUCGUUAGGGUUGGUAGAUUCACCUCGAUCUUGAACUUCUUUGAUUCGUUUCUGCUCGAUUUCCUUCGGACAAUCUCGUGUUCGUUUGGGCGGAGUCGGUUGGUAUGGCGUCCGAGGAGGGGUGGGAGGAUAUUGGUUGUUUACUUGGAUAGCUUUUCCUCGGCAACACCUUCCUGCUGGCAGGGAUUUGGAAGAUCGUCUCUUUUUAUUCAUGCCUUCCUAGUACCAUUAAUUUCCAGGUGUUAGUACUGCUAUUCCCGCAUGGAUUUGAUUGUUGGUAAAACCGAGGAAGUAGAAAUGGACUGUGCUAACUUAUUGGAUCCUAGGCAUUACGAGUACCAUAAUUUACCUAUACCUGACUAGCUGCAAUGGAACUGUAGAUUAGUAUUCCGCUUUGCGUCAUAUUGCUUAGUACUGAACGUUGUGGAUGUAGAUUUGCUUGUGAACAUUGUGGAUGUGGAUUUGUUGGACAAGGGCAUGAGGAAUAAUUCUUCCCGUUUGUUAUAUAGAAAUAAUAUGCUAUGACUUUAGGGCGAUAGCAUUAAGACACCAAUCAGCAUUAACAGCAAGUAAAGCGAGAAGAUACAGGUAGUAGAAUUCAGCCACCUAUAUCUUUGCAACAAUGGGCUUGCCCCAAGCGCUGCCAGGAGAAGCUGAUGAAGGGAUGAGAUCGCCGAGCACAUUUGUGUCAACCCCACCUCGGUCUCGUGGUAUUAGUGGCUGCAAUUUGGAUGGUCAGCAUGCUAGAAGUGCAAAUUAUCGCAGUAAAGGAGGUUUUUUGCAUUCACCUGCCAGUGAGUUUCAAAGGAAAUCCACCUUGGAGGACUUAAAAGAAGCCAAUUGGCUAUUUGAAUAUAGAAAUUCCAUUAGUGACGCCGCAGAUCUUCAACGUCUGAAGAUUGACACUAAUGAUGCAAAUAACAAGCUAUUACCUAAACUCUAUAACACCAGUCAGAAGCCUGUCGUUAGAGUUUUUGGCUUUGGAUCGGGUCAGUUGGGUUCCUCUGUCGAUGGCUUUGGCAAUGUACCAAUGGAUCAAACUCAUUCUUCUGUAGCUCUUGAUAAGUCUAAUUUACCGACUGACUUGUGUCGAUCACAACCGCGAAAACUUUUAUUGUCUCCUUUGAAUAGUGCACUUGGGAAGCAGUUCCACAGUGAUGUGCUUGACAUAAAUUCUGUCGAUACUCAACUAGAAUCCUGUGGCUUGAGUAGGACUUGUGAUGUCUUCCCUUAUGGGCCUCAUAUCAGGGCGCCUUCUUCUCAUUCUCAUCAUUUAUCAUCAUGGAACGUUAAUUCUGAUAAACAGAAUAAACCAAGACCUUUUACUAGGGGAAUUGCCAUAUCUCCAGAGAAGACACUUUCAACACCAUUUCCCUUGUCUCCUCUUGGUCCUAGAUGGUCUGAAAGAACGAAAAUUUCAGGAGUUCAGAGGGACAUCAUAAAGGAUAUUGAAAGUGACUUUUUGCUUAUGAAGGGUCUUGAAGAUUCCAAUGGUGGAAGUAAAACUGAAAUGAUAUUCUUUUCUGAAGAUUCUGAUUUUAGAACGUCCAAUACAUUUGAGGAAGCUAGCAUAUUUCAUGAUGAAAUGGAUACAAUUACUACUAUUAGUAUAGGCCACAAGGGCUGGAAUGGCAAUCCUGAUUCUGUGGCUGCACCUCGUUGCAUGAAUCAUAUAAGAGCUUCAAGCAUGAUACCCGUCAGGAGGUCCUUAGUUGGAUCCUUUGAAGAGUCUCUCUUAUCCGGCAGAUUCUCAUCUGGAAAAGGCUGUCAGACCUUUGAUGGUUUUUUGGCUGUACUAAACGUCACCGGUGGUAGUUUUUCGCCGCCUUCUCAGAAGCUUCCUUUCUCAGUGAUGAAUGUUGAUGGUGAUAGCUCGCUGUUGUACUAUGCGUCAAUCAACCUUGGUGGAGCCUUGCCCUCUAAUAAGCAUAGUGGUCCAAAAUUAAGAAGAAGUCUGAGCAAUGACUCUGGAGUAGCCAAAAGUUGGCUACGGAUUCCUAUGAAAGGGCGCAUACAACUGGUCCUUAGCAAUCCUGAGAUGACCCCUCUCCACACCUUUUUCUGCAACUACGAUUUGAGUGACAUGCCUCCAGGAACAAAGACAUUCCUGCGUCAGAAGGCCACUCUGGCAUCUUAUGGAUCCUCAAAUAAUCCAGCAAAAGAAAUUCUCUCUAGUGACAUGAAAGUAGCUUCUGAAACUACACUGAAGUCCAAUCAUGCUGGCCAUGGAGAGUGUCAUGGUUGCAUGCAUAAUGAUGAUACUCAACGGUGUAACCUGGCUACUAACUCACAAAGCACAGGGGAGAGAAGCUCUGAGUUUUUCUCUUCAGAGGACUGCAAUGAAUUACCAAAUCAAUCUAAUUCUGUCAUGGAUUCUAAAAGAGAUGAAAAGUAUAACUGUUGUCAUGUAGAUAUGUGUCCUUUAGCUAGCAGAACAUCUGUACAUAGCUCUUUGAAGGUCAACGAUAACACUGCUGGUGCUCUCCGUUAUGCCCUUCAUCUGCGUUUUCUGUGCUCCUCUACCAGGAAAUCAACCAAGUCAUUUCAGAGAUGCAAAUCUGACCCUGAUUCAGCCCCCGAAACAAAAUGUGUAGACACUAUGGGGGGGCGUCGUUUCUAUUUGUAUAAUGAUCUCAGAGUUGUGUUUCCUCAACGGCACUCAGAUACAGAUGAGGGCAAGUUACGAGUGGAGCACCACUUUCCAGCAGAUCCAAAGUACUUUGACUUGAGCAAUUGACAAGGCUUAAUUGCAUUCUUGGGCACGAUUGUCCCUGACACACUGUACAUACUUAACACUGACCUACCUCAGUCAACUUGUUGCUAUUUGUACAUAAAUCUUCUUUCUAAGUGAAUAAAAUUUGUGCUGUGAUCUUAGUCUUC